UCAGAAACCUGGAGUGAGCAUGUGGAGUGAUCCCUGGUAUAACCCAGCUCUGCGUAGAGGGGAGCUCAACAGGAAAGUCUCUGUCAUUCCUCACUCCAUUGGUGCCUUUCUGUCCGCUCCAAUUAUAGUAGAAAAGAAUGAUGCUGAAGUAAUGGCAGCAGUUGUUGGAGUAAAUCUCACAGCAAGCUUCUUGUACAAUGGUUUUGUGGAACAGCUACGGAACUCAGAAUGGUGGGAUGAAAAGGAAUAUCUGGUGCUACUUGUAGAUGAUGGAGGACUUAUUGUCACAUCAAACAGAGAAACUCUGCACGGAAUAACUCUUCAAGGUAUGUUUAUUGGAGACCUUGAUGUGCCAAUUCUGAAGCACUUGAAGGAUUCAAGAUUAUAUGAUAUGGAGGUUGAACUGGACAAACAGGCCAUAUGUACGGAGCUCAAGCUUAAUGGGACUAGUGCAGGCCCAAGAAGUUACCACAUCCCAAGUCCUUUCACCCUUGCUGCCAGUUUCCUGUUGGAGGUGUUCUCAUGGGCUGAAUACCUAAAAUAUUUACUCUACAGUGGACUGUUAGCUCUCAUCACACCAAGUGUGGAAGCGUGGUCAGAAUGGGGAAUGACGCAGAUUGGAGGUAUGGAGUCUUGUAGAAUGGAGAGAGCUACCUACUACUUUGGGGAGACAGGAGCAAAGUCAGGCAUCAUGAAGUGUACCAACUUCACUGCAAAAUUCUGGGCUGAGCGACUACAGGACACCAAUGCAAUGCUGAUUGCAAUUGAAAUGAGUGUAAAUUCACAAGAAUGUGGUGUACAUUCCAACUUACCCAACAUCCAGCCAAAACGAGUGACAAUUUUAGAGGCAUGUGGGUAUCAAGACAGGUAUAGAAAACAACCAACAAGCUGUCUCAUGAGCAACUCAACUGCUGAUAUUGGUUGCAAUGGAUGUCCACAGCAACUACAGGGUUCUUUUGUUCUAGUGUUAAUAUCAGUUGCUGUUUGUAGUAACUAUAUGAAUUUGAACUUUGCAACAUAAUUAUUGCACAUUUAUUUGUUUUCAUAAUACAGUACUACAUGUUUGACAGUGAAAGAUGAAAGGUAUAUUUAAUUCCAAAGGGUGCCUUACAGUCUGUACCAUGAGUGUAGGUGAUAACAACAGGUUACUAUCAAGUUUGAAAGCAUAUGGUAGUAAGACAAAUGGUAAAAAAAUUUCCUUCUCUCAUAUCUAGAAGCAUAUACGUACCUGUAUCCUUAUUUUUCCCUGAAUUUCAUAAUUAGAGAGAAAUAUACGGAUGUACAGGUAUCUCUCAUUUUCUGAAUGUUCACUAUCAAAAAAAUUUAGUCCUGCACCCCUUUUUCACUAGCUGAAAGCGAUGCUAUGUGGCACACACAACUUUGACAUGUAAUUGUGCUGCUUCUCCCCAUACCUUCUUAACCAUUGGGAAUCAGACCAAUGUUCAGAUUACAUUUCUGACUAGUAAUGGCCCCAGGAAUCAGCCCUUGAAGUUUUGACGUAUGGUAGGUAUGCAUGGUUUUAUAUACUGUACUGUGUAUAUAUAUAUAUAUAUAUAUAU